UCCGGCGCGGCGGAGGCAGUUCCGGUGUGGCGGCGGCGGGGCUGCGGGCAGGAUGGUGCUGCUCCACGUGCUGUUCGAGCACGCCGCCGGGUACGCGCUGUUCGCCGUGCGGGAGGUGGAGGAGAUCAGCCUGCUGCUGCCGCAGGUGGAGCAGAGCGUCCUGACCCUCGGCAAGUUCCACAACGUGGUGAAGCUCGUGGCCUUCAGCCCCUUCCGCUCCGCCCAGAGCGCCCUGGAGAACAUGAACGCCGUCUCCGAGGGGAUCCUCCACGAGGAUCUGCGGCUCCUGCUGGAGACCUCCAUGCCGGCCAAGAAGAAGAAGGCGCUGCUGGGGGUGGCGGACCCCAAGAUCGGCGCGGCCAUCCUGGAGGAGCUGGGCUACCAGUGCCAGACCGGGGGGGUGGUGGCCGAGAUCCUGCGGGGCAUCCGGCUGCACUUCCACGCCCUGGUGAAGGGUCUGACGGCUCAGUCGGCCUCCAAGGCCCAGCUGGGGCUGGGGCACAGCUACUCCCGGGCCAAGGUCAAGUUCAACGUCAACCGCGUGGACAACAUGAUCAUCCAGUCCAUCAGCCUGCUAGACCAGCUGGACAAGGACAUCAACACCUUCUCCAUGCGAGUCCGGGAGUGGUACGGGUACCACUUCCCCGAGCUGAUCAAGAUCGUCCCCGAGAACUUCACCUACUGCCGGGUGGCCAAGUUCAUCGGGAACCGCCGGGAGCUGAGCGAGGAGAGCCUGGAGGGGCUGGAGGAGAUCCUCAUGGACAGCGCCAAGGCCCGGGCCGUGCUGGAGGCCUCCCGAUCAUCCAUGGGGAUGGACGUCUCCCCCCUCGACCUCAUCAACAUCGAGAGCUUCUCCAGCCGCGUCAUCUCGCUGUCCGAGUACCGCCGGGGGCUGCAGGAGUACCUGCGCUCCAAGAUGAGCCAGGUGGCCCCCAGCCUCUCCGCGCUCAUCGGGGAGGUGGUGGGCGCCCGCCUCAUCUCUCACGCCGGCAGCCUGACCAACCUGGCCAAGUACCCGGCCUCCACCGUGCAGAUCCUGGGGGCAGAGAAAGCCCUCUUCAGGGCUCUGAAGACGCGUGGGAACACCCCCAAGUACGGGCUCAUCUUCCACUCCACCUUCAUCGGGCGGGCAGCAGCCAAGAACAAGGGGCGCAUCUCCCGGUACCUGGCCAACAAAUGCACCAUUGCCUCCCGCAUCGACUGCUUCUCAGAAGUCCCCACCAGUGUCUUUGGGGACAAGCUGCGGGAGCAGGUGGAGGAGCGUUUGGCGUUCUACGAGACGGGGGAGCCCCCCCGCAAGAACCUGGAGGUGAUGAAGGAGGCAGUGGUGGAGGCGAGUGAGGUGGUGGCUGAGGUGAAGAGGAAGCAGGAGAAGAAGGAGAAGAAGAGGAAAAAACGUGAGAAAAAACGUCUGGAGGCUCUGGCAGCGGCUGCUGAGGAGACAGAGAACUCGGUGGUGGAGGAGAACAACGUGGAGCUCAAGAAAAAGAAGAAAAAGAAGCAUCAGGAGCCAGAGGCUGAGUCCGAGCCCGAGGAGAACGGGCUGGAGGAGGAGGAAGAGGAGGAGGAAGAGGCAGUGCCCAAGAAGAAACGGAAAGUGAGGGCGGAGGCGGGGGAGGAGGAGGAGAAGAAGAGGAAGAAGAAGAAGAAAGUGUCCAGGGCUUCGGACUCAGAGUAGGGGCAGCAGGCUGGAGCCGAGCUGUGCUCCAGCAGGACAGACUGAGGAGGGACUGACAGACAGGAGGGCAGCAGCCUCCCCACCCCCCCGGCGUUUUGUGCUGGGGGGGGAGCCACAUUUUAAGGCGGUUUUGGCCCUUCCGGACCCAGCCGGGUCCCUGCGGCCACCCCGGGGCAGCCCUGGAGCUGGUGCUGAGCCCGGCCCCGGGGCUGUGUGUGUGUGGGGUGCCAGCAGACCACCCCGCGUUGUGACCCCCCCCUCAAUAAAGGGCUGAGGGUGUUGCUGAUCCUGA